UAAACGAUGCAAAAAUAUUCUAUCUUAUUAAACGACAAAUAUAAUGAAAAAAAUAUGUGCGAGCAAAAGUUAUCAAAAGCCUCGAAUUAUGGGUGACCUAAGGGAGAAAUAUAAUUACUCAAACGUUUGACAGAGUGAAAGUUUAAUGAGAUCAUCUUCUCCCAUGGCAGCAGGGCAAGAAGAAGUACCCGAAUGGAUAGGGAAAGCCACGGCCAAAUUACAAGGCCCAAAACCCCACCAAGUUUGGUCCGUCCUGGUCGAAGACUUCUGCAACAUUCACCGGUGGCUCCCCGCCGUCGACGACUGCUGGCAAGUCGCCGGAGUGAAGGGAGAGGUGGGCGCGGUCCGGUGCGUGGCCACCGGCGGGGGCAAGAAGCUGUGCAACGAGACUCUGAUCAGCGUCGACCACGGCGCGCGGUGCCUGAGCUACCGAGCCUUGGAGAACAACGUGGGGAUCCACAGGUACGUGUCGACUAUGAAGGUCUUGCCGGCGGCGGAAGGCGGCGGCGGCGAUGAUGAGGCUCCCGGAUGCCGGAUUGAGUGGUCCUACGAGGCUGACCCGCUUGAUGGGAUGAGCCGAGAGCGGUUCGAUGGUCUUAUCAGAAACCAUUUAGAUGGGAUGGUUGAGAAUCUUGAGAAAACUUUUCCUUUGAAUUCUUGAUUCUUUUGUAUGAGCAAUAAUCCAAUUUAUAAAUUCUCCCAUCAAAUAAAAUUAGAAUAUUGCAACUCAUAUCAAAACAAUGUUUUAUUUAUAUCUUUUUUAAUAAGUGAGAAUAUCUGUAUUGCAAGAAGUUCCCAAUUUGAACUCCUUUAUUGGUUUGAGUCUUUCUUACGUAGAAAUUCAAUGAAAAGGUCACCAUGUU